ACGAAUCCUGCAGAGUUUCGGGAAAGCGCAUCAGAAGGAAGCGCGUUCACGUGCGCACACACGUACAUGCGCAGGCUCCAGCUGCACACCGGGAGCAUCCCUGCGCAGAGAGAGCGCUCUCCUUGCUCUCACAGUCUAGAGCGAUCGCUUCGUUUGUUAUGGGUUUUUUUUCUUCACAUUUUGUCAUCACACAGAAUCUCACUGACGACGCAGAAUGAUGCGGGGCCCCGCCGAGCUCUGUGCAUGCUGAGGCCCGCACACAUCCACCUUGCACCGGCAUAAAGACCCUCACUGACCGCACCGAUAUUUUUUACUGGCAGUCAGACCAAGACGGAAUGUCAAGCAGCCCUGAAGGAAGUCGCUCCGGGGGCGGCGGCUGCGCCUCCGACGGAGACUCCAAACGGGCCUCCUCGAGCAACACGUCCCCGGAGGGUGGACCUCCACCGCCGCUGCACCAGAACCGCAUACGGCAGUCUGACAGUAACACCAGUUUUCUCCGGGCUGCCCGAGCCGGAAACACUGACAAAGUCCUUGAAUUCCUCAAAAAUGGAGUAGACAUCUGCACCUGUAACCAGAAUGGUCUCAAUGCAUUACACCUGGCAGCUAAGGAAGGACACAAAGAUUUAGUAGAAGAACUGCUGCAAAGAGGAGCCUCCGUUGACUCAUCUACCAAGAAAGGAAACACCGCCCUCCAUAUCGCCUCAUUGGCGGGGCAAAAAGAAGUAGUGAGGCUGCUGGUCAACAGAGGGGCAGAUAUCAAUGCUCAGUCACAGAAUGGCUUCACUCCUCUCUACAUGGCAGCCCAGGAAAAUCAUUUGGAGGUGGUGCGGUACUUGCUGGAAAAUGAAGGAAACCAAAGCAUUGCAACAGAAGAUGGCUUUACCCCACUUGCGAUCGCCCUCCAACAGGGUCACAACUCGGUGGUCUCGCUGCUUUUGGAGCAUGACACCAAGGGUAAGGUCCGCCUACCCGCCCUGCACAUAGCGGCCCGCAAAGAUGACACCAAGUCUGCUGCCCUCCUGCUUCAGAAUGACCACAACGCUGAUGUGCAAUCGAAGAUGAUGGUCAAUAGAACCACAGAGAAUGGGAAGAGUGGUUUCACUCCCCUGCACAUCGCUGCUCACUACGGUAAUGUGAACGUCGCCACUCUGCUGCUGAACAGAGGAGCUGCCGUUGACUUCACAGCACGGAAUGAGAUUACGCCUCUUCAUGUGGCCUCCAAGAGAGGAAACACCAACAUGGUGGCUUUGCUGUUGGAUCGAGGUUCUCAAAUAGAUGCUAAGACAAGGGAUGGUCUGACGCCUCUACACUGUGCUGCCAGGAGUGGACAUGACACGGCCCUGGAGCUUCUGCUGGAAAGAGAAGCACCCAUUUUAGCUAGAACCAAGAACGGAUUGUCCCCGCUGCACAUGUCAGCUCAGGGAGACCACAUAGAGUGUGUGAAACUGUUGCUGCAACACAAGGCGCCUGUUGACGACGUUACACUCGAUUACCUCACGGCGCUGCAUGUUGCUGCUCACUGUGGCCACUACAGAGUCACCAAGCUCCUCUUAGACAAGAAAGCCAACCCAAACGCCAGAGCGCUGAAUGGAUUUACUCCUCUCCAUAUUGCUUGCAAGAAAAAUCGAGUGAAAGUGAUGGAGCUCCUUAUUAAAUAUGGUGCUUCCAUCCAGGCCAUUACUGAGUCUGGAUUGACACCCAUUCAUGUAGCAGCUUUCAUGGGUCACCUCAACAUUGUUCUGCUCCUGCUGCAGAACGGAGCCUCUCCUGAUGUCCGCAACAUUCGUGGUGAGACAGCGCUCCACAUGGCAGCACGAGCAGGUCAGAUGGAAGUGGUUCGCUGCUUGUUGAGAAAUGGAGCCCUGGUGGAUGCUAUGGCCAGGGAGGACCAAACACCCCUCCACAUUGCCUCUCGUUUGGGUGAAACCGAUAUUGUCCAACUGCUCCUGCAGCACAUGGCCCACCCGGACGCUGCCACCACCAACGGCUACACCCCUCUUCACAUUUCAGCCAGAGAGGGUCAGGUAGAGACAGCGGCUGUGCUGCUGGAGGCAGGAGCCUCGCACUCGCUGGCCACCAAGAAAGGAUUCACUCCCUUACAUGUAGCAGCCAAAUAUGGAAGCCUUGAUGUAACUAACCUUCUCCUUCAACGGAAAGCACUUCCAGCUGAUGCUGGGAAGAACGGCCUGACUCCAUUACAUGUAGCAGCUCAUUAUGACAACCAGGAGGUGGCUCUGCUGCUGCUGGAUAAAGGGGCAUCACCGCAUGCCACUGCAAAGAACGGCUACACUCCACUUCACAUUGCAGCUAAAAAGAACCAGACCAACAUUGCUUUAGCAUUGCUGCAGUACGGAGCAGAGACCAACGUUUUGACCAAGCAGGGAGUCAGUCCCCUGCACCUGGCAGCCCAGGAAGGACAUGCUGAGAUGGUCAGCCUGCUGCUUCGUAAAGGAGCUCACGUCAAUACAGCAACCAAGAGUGGACUCACUCCUUUGCAUCUCACAGCCCAGGAGGACAGAGUGAAUGCAGCGGAGGUUCUGGCCAAACAUGAUGCGAACCUGGACCAGCAAACUAAACUUGGAUACACUCCUCUGAUAGUAGCAUGUCAUUAUGGAAAUGUCAAAAUGGUUAACUUCCUGCUACAGCAAGGUGCCAGUGUCAAUGCCAAAACCAAGAAUGGUUACACACCACUUCACCAGGCAGCACAGCAAGGGAACACACACAUAAUUAAUGUUUUGCUGCAACAUGGGGCCAAACCCAACACAACCACAGUAAAUGGGAACACUGCUCUGUCCAUUGCCAAACGCCUGGGUUACAUAUCUGUGGUUGACACGCUGAAAGUUGUUACAGAAGAGAUCCUCACCACCACAACUACGGUGACAGAGAAACAUAAACUCAACGUUCCAGAGACCAUGACAGAGAUUCUAGAUGUAUCAGAUGAGGAAGUUUUGAAGGUGGAAGAUGAAGCAUUUUCUGAGAUGACAGUGGCACUGGAAGGUGAGGACACAAUGACGGGGGAUGGUGGGGAGUACCUGAGAGCAGAGGACAUAUGGAAACUGCAGGACGACUCUCUGCCAGAACAUUAUCUGGACAGCUUCAGCUAUAUGAGCCACAACUUUGACAGAUCCCAGCACACUCCUAUUCACCAAAGCUUUCAUCAGAGGGAGGACGUUCUCUUCGAAGACAUACUGACGAGCCACCAGGUAUCAACAUUGUCUAGAGAGAACGACAAGGAAACUUUCCGACUGAGCUGGGGUGCUGAACAUCUCGAUAAUGUCAUGUUGUCUUCCAGUCUGCUGCACUCAGGCCGUUCCUCUCCAUGCCUAGACCAUGACAACAGCAGCUUCCUGGUUAGCUUCAUGGUAGAUGCCAGAGGCGGAGCUAUGCGUGGUUGUCGUCAUAAUGGCCUACGGAUCAUUGUGCCACCAAGGAAGUGUUCGGCACCCACCCGCGUAACAUGCAGACUGGUUAAGAGACAUCGCUUGGCUUCCAUGCCCCCCAUGGUGGAGGGAGAGGGGCUUGCUGGUCGCAUCAUUGAGGUCGGACCGACUGGAGCUCAGUUCCUGGGUAAGCUCCAUCUUCCCACUGCUCCUCCCCCUCUGAAUGAGGGUGAGAGCCUGGUCAGUCGCAUCCUGCAGCUGGGUCCUCCAGGAACAAAGUUCCUCGGGCCUGUGAUUGUGGAGAUUCCCCAUUUUGCUGCUCUUCGGGGCACUGAGAGGGAACUUGUGAUCUUGCGGAGUGAAACCGGAGACAACUGGAAAGAACACCACUGUGACUUCACUGAGGAAGAGCUGAACCAGAUCCUUAAUGGCAUGGAUGAAAAGCUUGAUUCACCUGAAGAGCUUGAAAAGAAGAGAAUUUGCCGAAUCAUCACCAGAGACUUCCCUCAGUAUUUUGUAGUGGUAUCGAGAAUAAAGCAGGACAGCCAUCUGAUUGGUCCAGAGGGUGGCGUGCUCAGUAGUACCCUUGUGCCCCAGGUUCAGGCUGUCUUCCCUGAAGGUGCCCUCACUAAGAAGAUCAGAGUCGGGCUACAGGCUCAGCCUAUUGAUGUGGAGCUGGUGAAAAAGAGUCUUGGCAACAAAGCCACUUUUAGCCCAAUUGUUACAUUAGAACCCAGACGGAGAAAAUUUCACAAACCGAUCACCAUGACGAUUCCAAUCCCCGAGAGCUCCAACACCGAUGGACCAAAUGCCAUGUUCAGUGGGGAGACCCCCACUUUACGUUUGCUCUGCAGUAUAACAGGUGGAACCACACCUGCCCAGUGGGAAGACAUCACUGGCUCCACACCACUCACCUUUGUUAACCAGUGUGUUUCCUUCACCACUAAUGUUUCAGCAAGGUUCUGGCUUAUAGACUGCAGACAGACCCAGGAGUCUGUUAAUUUUGGGACACAGCUGUACAGAGAAAUCAUCUGUGUUCCCUACAUGGCUAAGUUUGUCAUCUUUGCCAAAACGCUGGACCCCAUUGAGGCACGGUUGCGGUGCUUCUGCAUGACAGAUGACAAGAUGGACAAAACCUUGGAACAGCAAGAGAACUUCACCGAAGUAGCUCGCAGCCGAGAUGUUGAGGUGCUGGAAGGAAAACCCAUAUAUGCAGACUGCUUCGGAAACCUUGUACCCCUUACCAAGAGUGGACAGCGCCAUGUAUUCAGUUUCUUUGCUUUUAAAGAGAACAGACUGGCACUCUUUAUUAAAACUCGUGAUACUGCCCAGGAGCCCUGCGGACGAUUGUCUUUCACUAAAGAACCACGCACAUACAGAAGUCUUCAUCACAAUGCCAUCUGCAACCUUAACAUCACUCUUCCAACAUACUCAAAAGAGUCUGACUCAGAUCAAGAUGGGGAAGAUGAGAGUGAGAAGAGUGAGAAGAAAUAUGAUGAAUCUGAGUCUACUGAGACAUUCUCACUGAGAACUAAUCAACCACUUGAUCCUGCAACUCUUGCAAGUCCAGACAUUCUAUCAGACAUAUCAGAUGUCAGAAUAUCUGCAGUAUUUCCAAUAGAUGUCUAUGAGGAGAGAGCUAGAGCUGUAGUGUUUGUUGAAAAAGAGUCAUUUGCUGCAGUGGAAUACUUUAAAGAUAGAUCUGAAAUGACUGGAGAGAUUCAAAAAGAGAACCUUAUUUAUAGCAGUGAGUCAGUGAAAGAAAGAACAGCCAUGGUCUCAAAAGUCAACACAGAUAUGGGAGAAAAUUUUGAACCUGCUGUGAGACAUAGUUCACAAGAAGACCUUGUCCAAGGCACAUCUGGUCAAGGUACUAUAUUGCAAACAGCACUACAUAGCAAACAAUGUCCCCCAAAUAUCAAAAAACCUAUAAGGAAAAAGCUUAGAGAACGAGAGCUGUCCAGGUGUAGCAGCUCUGAGGGGGAGCUGGAAAGGGUGAGCUCUGAGGAAUCUUUGGAUGGUGAAGUUAUUCUUGAAGAAAGCUUUUCAGCUAGCUCAGUUAUUCAGCCCCCUGUUUCUCCUUUAAUUAUUGAGACACCUAUAGGGUCCAUAAAAGACAAGGUUAAAGCUUUACAAACCAAAGUUGAACAGGAGGACAUGCAAAAAACUAGUCAAGGUGUAGCAUGUGCAGAAAAAUCUUCCAUUGUUCCAAUGAAACAAGAUGAUGUCAUGCCAGAACUUCCACAAGUUCCCAAAUCCCCUAAAUCUCCUAGAUCUCAGACAGAAAGAUUAGAGGAGAUUAUGUCAGUGAAGGAGUUAAUGAAAGCCUUUCAGACUGGACAGGACCCAUCAAAAUGUACAUUUGGGCUUUUUGAGCAUAAGCCACCACUUUCGUCUCAUAGUGAAACAUUGAAAUACAAGCUCUCAGAUACCGAAGAGACACUUGGAACAGAGCAGAGUCCAACCUAUGAGAUUCCUGUCAUUUUCAGUCAACAUGAGGAUGUGAAUAAAAUGGACAAGAUGGACAUGAGAGAUGAACAAGUUAGCUCAAUCAGAAACACUACUGAGAAAACCCUGUUGAUAUCAGAAAGACCUUCCAAUGGUAAAACAGUAAAGUUUGCUGAUACAGUUCAAGAUGACUUUGGAAAUGAUAGCCCACUGGUAGAGUGCAGAAACAGAGAGCUGCAAGAUAAAGAGACACUGUCUGUGAAGGAUCGGAUGAAAAUAUUCCAAACAGAACAGGAUUUCCCACAAAAUACCACAGGACUUUCACAACACAUAGCCAUAGCUUUUUCUAGCACACAUUUUGUGUCUGAAUCUGAAUCCCAGGACCAUACUCAGGGCCUCACGGUUCUUAGUCCGCAAAGUGACAGCACAGAAGAUCAAACAUCAAAUUUUGUGGGAUGUAAAUCUGAGGAAGCAGCAGUUUCAGACGGUUCUCUUUUUGGAAAAACAGUUCCACGUCCUGAUUCUGUUAAACGUGAGACAGUACAUAUCUGUUCCCCAGGUGAGGAGCAAGGUAAGCCCACUGUGUCUGUGAAAGAACUAAUGAAAACAUUCCAGGACUCUUCAGUUGAACAUGGACACAUUCAAAAUAUUAAAACCAAUGAUGUUCCAGCUCCUCAAGCACAAAAGGAUAUUCCAACCAUUACUUCAGUUCGCCAAACAGUAAACAAAGAGAAUGAGUCUAAAAAUGAAUCUCAACAAAGUUCUGAUGUGACCUAUUUUAGAAAUACUGAUGAAAAAAUGGAGAGGAUUGAUUUCAAUGAUAAAAAUAUUAGCCUUAAGAAAGAAGCAUCAGAUUUGUCAGAGAAAAGCCCAGGGAAAAUGCAGUUAGAUGGAUCCUUCUUAAGCACUUUUAGGGGUUUAUCUGAGGAAACUCAAAUCAGCCCAGAUCGCAGAACUUCUGAGGACUUCAGUGCUGACAUAAAGGCUGAACUGGAAGAAAAUCCCGAAUAUCAGCUGUUUAGGCAGACUCAAACAGUUUCAGAUGUCAAUUAUCAAGUGUUGGUCCUUGAAGGGGACGAAUCACCUGAUGACUUUGACAGUCCUUGCUAUGUGGGAGACAUCAGUUCUGACCUCCCUGGGACACCCAAGGAUGAAAACUUGACUGAAUCUUCAGAGAAGAGUGUUGAUUCCUCUUGUUCUAGCUCAGGAGAAAUACAAACUUCUGACACCCACCAAAGAAGAAAUGAAAAGACUUUUAGUCUUUCAGUAAGUGAAACCAAAGAAGAAAAGAAUAGUUUUGGGGCAGCUGAGGCAGAUAUAUUGGCUGACUAUGAAAGCAAAAUACUUUAUAGACAAAUUGACAUAGAAGAAAAAGAAACCAUUAUCAGGGAGCCAGGACUUCAAGAUAUACAAACAGAGAAGAAAACAUCGUACCAGGCAUCAACAGCAGAAAAGGACAUGCAAGGGACGCUGUUGUUAAUGGGAAAAGAUUUUGAUCAGUGUCCACAGAUUAAGUCUUUUGAAAAACAUCAAAUUGAGCAGGAGUGUCAAGAAACAGAUGUACAUGAAGAAAUAGAUGAAGACACUUUAGCAUCACUAGCUAAUGAAAACAAAAAAAUAUUGAUGGGUGAAAGAACACAGAUUUGGACAAAUGAAAAUAUAAUUAUGGCAGCAGGUGACAAAAGAAAAAGUGAACUGGAAAAAGACCAAACAUCUGAAACAUUAAAAGAUUUCUCAACAAACUUUUCAGUCAGUGAUGGUAAAUUUUCCCCAUACAAGGACAAGAAAACAUGUCAAAUAAAAGAAGAUCAAGAUAGUGAAAGUAGUGCAUCUGAAAACAUAAUAGAGGAAAUUGGCCAUUCAACGUUGAUACAAGAAUACAAAAGAGAAGGAGCAAGGUUACAACAAUCUGAAACCAAAAAGAAUGUGUCAGGUAUGUCUUCACAUCUCAGUUCUGAUGUUCAUGAAUACAUUAAAGAGCCAGUGGGAAGAAAAAGCCAUCUGGAAGAUGUUCUCCAUGAGAACUUCAAAGAAGCAAAACUGUCUAGAGAUCAUUCAGAAGAACAAAUUGAGAAAAAUAAAAACUCCCAGACUGCUGUAAUUUCACCCAAAGAAGAAAGAAUAAUUUCAGUUUUGGAGACUCCAUGCCAACAAAUUCAUACUGAAAGACAGAUAUGCCCAGAACAUUCUGUAUCUGAGAAGGAUAUGACAGGCAUGUUAAUGUUAUCACAUCUCAGCAGUGACCUAGAAGAAUAUCUCAAAGAAAAGCCAGUGAUGAGACAAAGUCAUUCUGAGGAAGAUCUAAUAAAUGAUCAAUGCAAAGAAAAAAAGCUGGUAAGAGAUUUUUCAAGCGACAAGCUAGGCAGAGAGGAAAACUUGGAGACUCAUGUAGUUCAAGUCAAAGAACAAAUAGUGUUUGAACAAGUUUGUGAUAAGAGAAAAGGAAGCCCAAUAAAGCCAUCAAUAGAGAAAGAUAUGUCAGGCAUGUUGUCACAUCUGAGUAGUGACCUGGAUAAAUAUGUCAAAGAAACGCCAGUGACAAGACAAAUACAUCUUGUGGAAGAUCUGGUAAGGGAGAGCUGCAAAGAAAUAAAACUUGCAAGAGGUGAUUUAGAGGACAAGACUGAGGAGAACGUAAAUGCUCAAACUGACCAGGUUGUUGUCAAUGAAGAGACAAAAACAUCUGACCCAGAGGCCAAAAAUGAACAAGUUUAUAUGGAGAGAAGAGGAAUCCCAAUAAAGCCAGCAAUAGAGAAAGAAAUGUCAGGCAUGUUGUCACAUCUGAGUAGUGAUCUGGAUGAAUAUGUCAAAGAAAUUCCAGUGACAAAACAAAUACAUAUUGUGGAAGAUCUGGUAAGUGAGAGCUGCAAAGAAAUAAAACUUGCAAGAGGUGAUUUAGAGGACAAGACUGAGGAGAACGUAAAUGCUCAAACUGACCAGGUUGUAGUCAAUGAAGAGACAAAAACAUCUGACCUGGAGGCCAAAAUUGAACAAGUUUAUAUGGAGAGAAGAGGAAGCCCAAUAAAGCCAGCAAUAGAAAAAGAAAUGUCAGGCAUGUUGUCACAUCUGAGUAGUGACAUGAAUGAAUAUGUCAAAGAAAUGCCAGUGACAAGACAAAUACAUCUUGUGGAAGAUCUGGUAAGUGAGAGCUGCAAAGAAAUAAAACGUUCAAGAGAUAAUUUAGAGGACAAGACUGAGGAAAGCGUAAAUGUUCAGACUGACCAUGUUGUAGUCAAUGAAGAGACAAAAACAUCUGACCCAGAGGCCAAAAAUGAACAAGUUUAUGUGGAGAGAAGAGGAAGCCCAAUAAAGCCAGCAAUAGAAAAAGAAAUGUCAGGCAUGUUGUCACAUCUGAGUAGUGAUCUGGAUAAAUAUGUCAAAGAAAUGCCAGUGACAAGACAAAUACAUCUUGUGGAAGAUCUGGUAAGUGAGAGCUGCAAAGAAAUAAAACUUUCAAGAGAUAAUUUAGAGGACAAGACUGAGGAGAACGCAAAUGUUCAGACUGACCAUGUUGUAGUCAAUGAAGAGACGAAAACAUCUGACCUGGAGGCCAAAAUUGAACAGGUUUAUAUGGAGAGAAGAGGAAUCCCAAUAAAGCCAGCAAUAGAGAAAGAAAUGUCAGGCAUGUUGUCACAUCUGAGUAGUGACAUGAAUGAAUAUGUCAUCAAAAAACCAUUGACAAGUCAAAGUCAUCUUGAGGAAGAUCUGAUAAAUGAGACAUGCAAAGAAAUAAAACUUGCAAGGGAUGAUUCAGAAGACGAGAUUGAGAAAAUAGAGAACCUUGAGACUGAACCAGUUGUAAUCAAACAACAAACACAAAUGUCUGUAAUUGAGAAUGAAUUUGAACAAGUUUAUGUUGAAAGAAAAGGAAGUCCACAAAAUCCGACAAUCAUGAAAAAUAUGUCAGGCAUGUUGUCACAUCUCAGUAGUGACUUGAAUGAAUAUGUCAAACAAAUACCGGUGACUCAACAAAAUCUGCCCGAAGAAGAUCUGGUCAGUGAGAGCUGCAAAGAAAUAAAACUGAUUGAUUCAGAGGACAAGACUGAGAAAAUGAAAAAUGCUCAGAUUGACCCAGCCAUAGUCAAAGAACAAACAAAAACAUCUGUUUCUGAGGCCCAAAUUGAAAAGGUUUAUGUGGAAAAAGAAGAAAGUCCACAAAAGCCAAUAAUCAUGAAAGACAUGUCAAGCAUGUUGUCCCAUCUUAGUAGUGACAUAGAUGAAUAUGUCAAACAAAUACCAAUGACAAAACAAAGUCUACUUGAGGAAGAUCUGGUCAAUGAGAGUUGCACAGAAAUAAAACUUUCACGAGAUGAUUCAGAGGACAAGCCUGAGAAAAUGGAAAAUGCUCAGAUUGACCCAGACAUAGUUAAAGAACAAACAAAAUCAUCUGUUUCAGAGGCCCAAUUUGAACAAGUUUAUUUUGAGAGAAAAGGAAGAUCACAAAUGGCUGUUAUUGAGAGAGAUAUGUCAGGCAUGUUGUCACAACUCAGUAGUGACCUGGAUGAACAUUUCAAACAAAUACCAGUGACAAGACAAAGUUAUCCAGAGGAAGAUCUGGUAAAUGAGAGCUGCAAAGAAACAAAACUGGCAAAGGAUGAUUCAGAAGACAAGCCUGUGGAAGAGGAAAAUGUUAAGGUUGACCAAGCUGCAAUCAAAGAACAAACAAAACCAUCUGUUUCAGAGCCCCAAUUUGAACAACUUUAUGUCGAGAAGAAAGAAAGUCCAAAAAAGCCAAUAAUCAUGAAAGACAUGUCAAGCAUGUUGUCCCAUCUUAGUAGUGACAUAGAUGAAUAUGUCAAACAAAUACCAGUGACAAGACAAAGUCUACCUGAGGAAGAUCUGGUCAGUGAGAGUUGCACAGAAAUAAAACUUGCAAGGGAUGAUUCAGAGGACAAGACUGAGAAAAUGGAAAAUGCUCAGACUGACCCAGCCGUAGCCAAAGAACAAACAAAAACAUCUGUUUCGGAGGCCCAGUUUGAACAAGUUUAUAUGGAGAGAAAAGAAAGAUCACAAAAGCCAGUAAUUGAGAAAGAUAUGUCAGGCAUGUUGUCACAUCUCAGUUGUGACCUGGAUGAAUAUUUCAAACAAAUACCAGUGACAAGACAAAGUCAUCCAGAGGAAGAUCUGGUAAAUGAGAGCUGCAAAGAAACAAAACUGGCAAAACAUGACUCAGAAGACAAGACUUGGGAAGAGGAAAAUGUUAAGGUUGACACAGCUGUAAUCAAAGAACAAACAAAAACAUCUCUUUCAGAGGCCAAAUUUGAACAAGUUUAUAUGGAGAGAAAAGGAAGAUCACAAAAGCCAGUAAUUGAGAAAGAUAUGUCAGGCAUGCUGUCACAUCUCAGUUGUGACCUGGAUGAAUAUUUCAAACAAAUACCAGUGACAAGUCAAAGUCAUCCAGAGGAAGAUCUGGUAAAUGAGAGCUGCAAAGAAACAAAACUGGCAAAACAUGACUCAGAAGACAAGACUUGGGAAGAGGAACAUGUUAAGGUUGACACAGCUGUAAUCAAAGAACAAACAAAAACAUGUCUUUCAGAGGCCAAAUUUGAACAAGUUUAUAUGGAGAGAAAAGGAAGAUCACAAAAGCCAGUAAUUGAGAAAGAUAUGUCAGGCAUGCUGUCACAUCUCAGUUGUGACCUGGAUGAAUAUUUCAAUCAAAUACCAGUGACAAGUCAAAGUCAUCCAGAGGAAGAUCUGGUAAAUGAGAACUGCAAAGAAACAAAACUGGUAAACGAUGAUUCAGAAGACAAGCCUGUGGAAGAGGAAAAUGUUCAGGCUGACCCAGCUGUAGUGCAAGAACUAACACAAUCAUCUGUUUCAGAGGCCCAAUUUGAACAAGUUUAUAUGGAGAGAAAAGGAAGCCAAAAGAAGCCAGUAAUUGAGAAAGAUAUGUCAGGCAUGUUGUCCCAUCUCAGUUGUGACCUGGAUGAAUAUUUCAAACAUAAACCAGUGACAAGUCAAAGUCAUCUUGAGGAAGAUCUGGUAAGCGAAAUCUGUACAGAAGUUAAACUUGCGAGUGAUAAUUCAGAAGACAAGGUUGCGGCUGACAAAAACUUGCAGACUCAUGUAGUUGGUGUCAAGGAACACACACAAGCCUCAGUUUUGGAAACUCAUUUUGACCAGGUUGAUGUUGUGAGAAAAGGAACCUCAAAAAAGCCAAUGACUGAAAAAGAUAUGUCAACAAUGUUGUCACAUCUGAGAACUGACAUAGAUGAAUAUGUCUCAAAAAGUCCAAUGAUAACAAAAAGUAUUUCUGAUGAGGACCUGGUCAGUGAGAGGUGCAAAGAAAUUAAAAUGGCAAGAGAUAAUUUAGAAGAACAGAUUGGGGAAGGGGGAAACAUUCAGCUGGCUGCAUUUGGAGUCAAACAAAAACAACAAUCAUCAGAUUUAGAGAAUGAGUUUGAACAUGUUUACUUUGAGAGAAAAGAAAGCCCACAAAAGCAAGUGACUGAGAAAAAUAUGACAGGCAUCUUGUCCCUUCUCAGUAGUGACCUGGAUGAAAAUGACAAACAAAUGCCAUUGACAAGACAAAGUUAUUCUGAGGAAGAUCUGGUCAGUGAGAGCUGCAAAGAAGUAAAAUUGCCCAGGGAUAAUUUAGAAGAUAAUUUAAAUUUAGCUGCUUCAUCACAUCUCAAUAUACAAGGGUCUUUUCAGGUUUCAAGUACUCAUAGCACGCUAAAACGACCAUCUGAUUUAGACAGCCUUCAGACUCAGGGGUUUGAUGACUCAGAUCAGGAACCAUGCCAUCAGGAUUCAUUAGAGGCCAGUCCUCUUAUGGAAGACAGAUCAUCAAAGAAAUCUCCUGAUUCCAUUGAGCCAAGCCCCACUAAAGAAUCUCCAUGUCAAGACUCUCUUGAAGGAAGUCCUACUCAACCAAAGGAACAACAAUUUCAAAUGCCAGUACAGACAGCUGUGUAUGAAGAUUAUGCUUCCCAGCUCAAAGCAUGUUUUGCUUCUGAUAAAGCCAUUCAUACAGAUGAAUCUGGCAACACUACACAAGAAAACACAACUGCAAUCCCACAAGUGGAUAAUAAAGUGAUGGAUGAUCAUUCUCCUAAGUCUACACAUGAAGUAACUGGUAUGUGGUCAAACGAGAGUGUUCACACACUCAUUAGGCAAGACUCUCUUGGUAGUAAUGACAGUGAGAAUGACACCACCAAUAAACAAUACACUCCAGAAGAGGAGAUGUUUAAAAUAGCUGUAAAGAUCAAAACAUUUGAUGAAAUGGAACAUGAAUCAAAAAUGAAGAAAGACAAAUUGGUCGAUGCCCCUUCUCUGUCUGAUGAAAGUGCAGUGGAUCUCAAAUUUGACCCAGCUGCAAAGCUUUCCUUAACAGAUGUGCUACACCAAAGCUCUGAAAAACAAGUAGCAGAACGCUCUAAUCAGCCAGUUGAAGAUUCACUGUGUAUAAUUACAAGUCAGAAAGAGGAACCUGAGAGAAGUGUCUCUGUGCCCCAAGUAGCAGAAAUACAUAAAGACAUGACAGAAGGUGCGAGUUCUCAAGUAGCAAAAGAACAUUUUCCCUGCACUGUGAGAAAUGAACAUACCUUACCCAGUGGCUUUGCAAAUGAGUCAGUAUUGACACAUGAUUCGGAGUUUUACAAUAACCCCCAGGACUAUGGAACUAUUGAAGUAGAAGAUGUCACAUUAUGUUGCAGUUAUGAUAAUGUGACCUUAAAGGAACAUACUGAGGGUGAGCAACACGUGCCUCUUGAUGCUUUGGAGGACACAAAAACACCUGAAAAAAUAAUUGUGCAGACACCAGGUGGGGAGAAAAGCCCCAGUCCAUUUCAGUUUCAGGAAGGAAAGCUAUUUGAAAUGACUCGGGGUGGAGCUAUUGAUAUGACAAGAAGAACUUUUGAUGAGGAAGAGGAAUCAUAUUCAUUCUUUCAUGUCGGGGAACAUCCUGUUGAGGAGGCUGUUUUGGAAACAACUGUUUCAGACACAACCCUUCAAGGGACCCCAAAAUCACAGGUAACUCCAUAUAUCUGUGCUGUAAAUUCCAGUCCUGAAUCCAAAAGUACCACAAAACCCUCUCUUGAAAAGUCAAAACUUGAGAAAUCGCUUCAAAAUGUUGAUCUGUGCAGCCGUACGAACACCAAGCUUGGUUCUCCAAAUGCUUCUAAUACUUUUACAGAUAUUUCAACAGAGGCUGAAAGUCUCAAAAACCUUGGGCUGGGCUAUCUGGACAGCACAAUAGCUGACCUUCAGCUAGACAUAUCUGCUGAAUCUGAAAAGAAUUCUUUAGAUUCCUCAUCAUCUGAUGAUGAUGAGCUUGAUGAAGAUGAAGACCAAUGCUCAGUCAUAGAAAUGAGAUAUCAUCAACGCUCACCCCCACUCCCGGAUUUCAAAGAAACCCCCAACGAUAGAGAGGAAAUAUCAGUGGGGAGAGAACCACAGCUUUCAGAGCUUGUUCAAGUUCGAGAAGCAGGCGAAAUCCUAACUUUUAGUCGUAGAACUAGAUCUGAGGAUAACACAACUAACGCCUUUAGUAAAGAAGGUAGGAGUUAUUCUGAGAGUAGUCAACCCUCUAAUAUAUUAAGUAUUCUUUCUUCCAAACCUACUACCGUUAUCCAGGAGAAAGCUUUGGGUGAUUGGAUUUCUGCAAGUUCUCCUCCAAUAAAUGAAACAUCUGUGAGGUCUUCUUUAGAGACCGAUGAAAUGAGCAGCACUAGUCACAUGAGUUCAGAUUCUGUUAUAUUUACAUAUGACAUCCCAGCCUCCCAAAGUUCAGAUUCUGAUGGCAGUCAGUUGCCAGUUGUACAUCCAUCCUGCGGAACAGAGGAUGUGUUUGAGUCCAGGCCUGCCUGGGAUGACACAGUGGAAACUCAGAUGCAGAGAAUCGGUGAUGAUCAGACUCCAGAAUUUACAUCAGCUGACUGGCAGGACGACACUGACCGGAAAGAAGAAACAUUAGCAAUCAUUGCAGAUCUUCUUGGCUUCAGCUGGACUGAGCUGGCAAGGGAACUGGAAUUCAAUGAGGAUGAUGUUCAGCAAGUAAGAACAGAGAAUCCUAAUUCCCUGCAAGAGCAGAGCCAUGCCUUGUUGCAACGAUGGGUUGAACGGGAAGGCAAACACGCUACGGAGGGUAGCCUGAUCAAAAGGCUAACAAAGAUCAAUCGCAUGGACAUAGUCCAUCUUAUUGAAACCCAGAUGAACAAGUCAGUUCAAGAGCAAACAUCAAGGACAUAUGCAGAGAUAGAAAAGACUCUUGACCACAGUGAAGUCUCAGUAGCUCUAUCUUCAGUGCAAGAGGAUACAGACAGCCCAAGAAUUGUGAGGAGGGUAGAGUCAGACCGCAGACCACCCCCAGCUGUGUCUGAAGAAGACCUCUCAGUUGCCUCCUUAUUGGAUAUUCCUUCAUGGGCAGAACCUGCAGGACAAACUCACUCAGAAAGCAUGCACGGGGACUUAUUGGAGGAUCCCGAAAUCCCACAUGAACUGAACCCUAAUCUGUGGACCUCAGAGGAUGUGAUUACACAAGAAUCCACUAGUCACUCAGAUGAGCAAGUAUCAUCUUCAACUUUCAAGACAAAUAUUUCUCAAGCCCCAAAACACAACAAUGUUGAUAUGGGACAAAUUCAGGGCAUGCAAACAGAGACACUUUUGUUGACACAUGAUUCAAACACAGGAGUAAUAACAUCCCACAAUGAACCUGUGUUGGACAUAGUGAACACUGAAUAUGACAUUACAUCGACCAGCCAAAGUAGCUUUCCACAGGGAAAAUAUAAUGAGUCAGACUCUGAGACUCUAGAAUCACAAGAAAAUUGUGAUUCUGUACUUACCAUCAAGUCCUUAAACUCUAGCCCAACAUCACAGAAAAGUGGAUCUCCUCAGCUUGAUCAGAUGUUUUCUGAUUUGAAGGAAAUAAAACUCAAGUUAUCACCAGAAAAACUUGAUUCACAUGAAUCAGAGUCCUCUGAUAGCAGCCCCGAGGAGAAAGAAGCUUACAUAUAUACAGAACUUUCACCUGAAGAGGAAUACCCUACUGAAAAAAUAGAUAAAGUCAGUGUGUUUCCUGUUCCACAGCUUACAGAAGGUAUUGCAAAUGUAGGACAAUGUCUUGAUACAAAACAUGCGUCUGAGUCUGACUCUGACAUUCAUCAAGAAUCGAAUUCAUCACCAACUGAAGCUCUGUCAAUCCCUGAAGUUCAUCAAAGAUUUGGUGAGGAAAUUCAACAGCAAAGCUUUGGACACUUUCAGUCCUGCCAAAGUAUUCAGAGUCUUACUGAAACAUUUUCUUCAUCAAGAGACACACUUGAGAAAAAUCUGAAUGACUUCAACAGGAAAAACCUUAUGACAAACACCUAUUCAAAUUGCGAAGGACAGUUCCUACCUACACAAUCUUUAGAGUCAACGGGCACAACAGAAGAAACCUCUGCUGAGACUAACCAAGAUCAAUGUUUAAGGGAGGGAACCUCGACUAAAACCAUAUCUACCCAGCCUGUGUCUGAUUUUACUCCUGACAUAGCUACAUCUUCGAGACAUUUCAGCUUUGAUGAGCUGAUACCUUACCCCUCUUCCAGGAGUGUAGAAAAACUUUCUGAUGAGAAUGGGUAUGAAUAUUUUGCCCCUGAAUCUCCUAUAUUCAAACUCAAAAUUGAAACCUCCUCAUCAGGUUCUGAUGAGGAGUAUACCAACCCACUAGAAGCUGCAGAGAUCUCCUCUGCUUCAGGGACCUAUGCCAGGACCCCUCUCAGAAUUGCUGAUGGAGCACAGUGCAGAAAGGACAGUCCAAACCUGGAAUACUCUGACAUGGAGUCCUUUUUUGACUGCAAACAAGUAGUGUCGGAUUUGUCAGAGAAUGAACUUGAUGCACCUGAGACAACUAGUAGUGCAGGUCCAGCUCAGCAUCAACUCGACACAGGGACACAGGAAAAGGCAAAACAAAAAAUGCUCCCGUCUUCUGGAAGUGAAGAUUAUGAAGAUGCUCUUUUGGUUCAUGAGUCGUACAAUCAGGAACUUGAAGAGAGCAGAGAAUCACUACAUCACUCAGAGACAUCAGAUGAAGAAUUCACUCUAUGCAAAACUUCUCUACCUUCUGGAACUUACUAUACUGAUAAGUCUCCGCAAAGGGAGGUCUCUGCAGAAUUUGGAUCAAUAUCAGAAAGUUCAGAUGAGGAGUUUCUGACCACCAGAAUAAUACGAAGGAGAAUUUUCAUCAAGGUUGAUGAAGUAGCUCACCUCCCUACUCAGUCCGUGACUGAAGAAAAGUACCGAGAUGAAAAUGGGCAUUUAGCUGUCAAAAGGGUUACACGAAAAGUAAUCCGCAAGUGUGCUUCUGUGGAUGGUGAAGAGAUACCGUCAGAAGGAGCUUCUCAGGACUCUUUGACUGUAGCAGACGAAGAUGGUUAUUCCAGGAUGGGAAAGCGGACCGUACUAAAAGGUGUUGGAGACCACACAGAGGUCACAUUUUUAAAAAGUGAAGGCUUCCUGUCAUCCAGACAAGAAAAAGUUGAUUCAGGAAAGAAAACUGUAGUUGAGGGAAAAAGGAGAGCAACUUCCCAGGGAGGUCCGUCUUUGGCCUCAAAGCUCCCAUCAGCCCAGAAAUAUUCCAAACAGGGCCCACAUGUGUAAAGGUUCAACCCACAAACAGUGGUGGAAGGAUCCGGGCAGCACGAAGACAUCUUCAUUUCACAAUUGGAGGACCCAGGAAAAGAUCAGUUGCCUGUGAUCAAUAGUAGCAACUCCACCAGGUUUUUCACUGCUGCCAUGAAAAUGAGGACAACAAUAAAGACAAAACAGAGGUGGAAGAGCAACUGAAUGACCAUCUCUCUCCCCAGAUCCCCAGCUCUGUCCACGCUAAAGUCCCUGCUAAUCCUAUGCAUUAGCCACAUGCAAUCCCAGUGUGCACCUCAGAGACACCACAGUCUUCCCAUUUCAGUUCUGGAAGAUUAAUUUUUGUUUUCCAAUUUUUAAAAAAAAUUUUUUUGACGUUAUCAAACCAUGAUUUUUAAAAUUAUUUUCUGAAGUUGCUUUGCCUUUUUAUGACCAAAGAAAGCCUUCUGUUGUUUCCUUAUUGAAUUAUUCUUAAUGUCCAGGUUGUUGUAGUUUUGCUUUGAAUACGUGGAAGAGCAACAAGAAAACAGAUGAUAAAAACAGGGGAACACAGUCCAAGGUAAAGAACAAGUUACCUUAAAAUAAAUUCAGCUACUGAUGUCUUCAUUGAGGGUUCAGAAUUAAACAAAAAAUAUAUAAUUUACAUCACUCUGGCUGUAACAUGCUUCUUUCACCAACAGUUUGAGUCCUUUUCAUUUUUUUUCCCUUGACUCAGGUGGUCAGGAUGUCACAAACAGAAAAACGGACUGUGCUGACACAAAAUGUAACUGCUGCUGUCGUGUUUCGUGUAGACUAUGUGUACUCUUGUCUUUAGUAGCCAGAAACAUAUAUUAUCUAUUAUAUGAAAAUAGCUGACAUCUGUAGCUUAGGAAUUAAUAAUCACUCACGUGAAGUAAAACUGGCAUGGCUAAUCAACACGUGUCAGUGAGAUCCCGGCUUUGACUGCUUUGCCGCUCUGUGGACUGUCUUUCAGACUUCUUUUUCUUUCCUCAGUGUCUUUUUAUGUGUAAUUACAUUUGUUCCUUGGCUUUCUGAUAUUGACUCAUGAGCUAUGGAUGAUGAAUGUGUGCUGAUCAAGCUGCAGCAGUGGUGACUGGUUUCACUAGAGUUUUGCAAGCAUCACCACUUCAAAAGCUAUUUAAAUUUCAGGUAUCCAUCAGGAAAAGAAAAACAUUUACACGUCUGUGGAGCAUAACCAGGUAUUUGCUGAACCAUUUAAUGUAAAAGCUUUAUUAGCUCUCUUUUUUUCAUUGAGAAAAUAUUUAAUUGAGUGGAUGAGUGUGUGCUUGUUUAUUUUACAUAAAUCGCUUUUGCACUCCUGAAUGUCAGGUGGGAACCCCUCCACGCUUUUUGUGCACCGGCCAUAAGGGAACAGUAAAUGAGCAGUUUCAUUGCGGGGUGUGGAGGAUGAUGAAAUGACACAAGAUGGCUGUACGAUGUCACUGUGCUUACCUGGGACAUGUAUAUCACUCUCACUGUUUAAGUUGUGAUUUCAAGAAAACAUGCAAAAUAGUGGAAGUUCACUGUGACAGGUUUGCUUUUAGUUUACUGAAACAGCAUUGUUUUUUUUUUUUUUGAUGACAGUUAUGUGCAUAUACAGCUCAUAAUUAAUAAUUAUCUACAAGGGCAUGAAUUAUUGUAUUAAAUUUCAAACAGACUAAAAGUAAAUGGCUGCAGUGUAUCUAUGACUGGUAGAAAAUAAAAACCUACAAACAUACGGUGUUGGAACUCGA